AUGGCUGAAGAAGCAUCUGAACAAUCUAAGCAGUAUCCAGACUCUAGAUUCAAAUGGCCAACUCCGUUUGUGAAUUUCGCCAAUGCUAGUGCAUAUCCACCAUGGAAGCCAGUUGAUACAAAGAAAGAAACAACACAGGUUUUCAAAUUCACGUUUUAUUCAACUGUAGGAGCUUAUGCAUGGUUAGCAUUAUGGAAAAGAACUACAUUUAAGCUAGGCUUACCCCUUACAGUCGUUGGUUUUACUACCAUUGCGACUGCUACAAAAGGUGUUGUUACCAAUAUAAGAGAAAAGAAUGAUGCAUGGAAUACAUUUUGGGCAGUUGGUACUGGUAACUUGGCCUGUUUGACCGUCGGGUUCAGAAGUAUGCCCGCCAGACACAAAGUCUUAACAGGUAUCUCCGGAGCUAUUGUGACUGCACUUUUAGACCAUGCCUAUUGGGCUCAAUCUCCAAGUUUUGGAGGCAGAGAUACGAAACACGUUAAGGCAAAUACAGAUCAGGAAUUGGAAAAGCAACAGUUUUGGGAUGUUUGGAGAAGAAGGCCGUUGUCUCAGACCGUCGAAGAGUUAGGAGCUGGUCGUGGCAUAUUCAAGCCCUGA